UUUAAAUUUGGGCCCAUGAAGUCCUGAUCGAAGCCUAGUGAGAGGAACACAGUCAUUCCUCGUUCCGAAGAUCAAUUCCGUCGACCAGUACGGAUAUCGGCGAAGCUCUUCCCCUGUAGGCUUUCUCCGAGUCAGUAAUUGCUGGUGGUUUCCUCUGCUGAUUCUCUCCCAGAAAUGGCGUCAAGUCUGUUCAAGACACUCGUUCAAUCUUCCAAAUUGUCAUUAACCACAAGAAGUUUAAGUCUUGUACGUGGUCAAGUCAGCAACCACACCGCCAAGUGGAUGCAGGAUACGAGCAAGAAAUCCCCAAUGGAGCUGAUUAAUGAAGUUCCUCCUAUCAAGGUGGAAGGCAGGAUUGUUGCUUGCGAAGGAGAUAGCAAUCCCGCACUUGGGCACCCAAUUGAAUUUAUAUGCCUUGACUUGGCUGAACCCGCUGUCUGCAAGUAUUGUGGCCUGCGUUAUGUUCAGGACCAUCACCAUUAGAACCUGUGAUUGGCAAGUAUUAUAGAUCUGGAUUUUAUGAUAUUGUUCAUGGUUGAAAUUCAUGUUUCCUUGGUUGCAAUGUUUCUGACUAAAGAUGAUGUUGUAAUGAUGAUGAUACUCCUGUGUUAGCAUCUUCUGAAAUAAUAAGACAAUGUUCAUGCGUUUA